AUGAAGCCAGCUAAUAAUAGCCUUCGCAACGCUCCAAAGCCAGCAAAUGGUAGUCCUCGCAACGUUCCAAAGCCCACCAAUGUAACAGGACACGCUAAAAGCCAAGUAGUCAGACUGCGAAUCCUUGCAAUAGAUGUUGCGACCACGAUUCCUCCAAAAGUUCAGGACAUUUUGAAGAACACAAACUAUACCGAUGUGAAGCAACUUCUGAACAACAGUCGACGGAUCAUAGUUGGAUCAGAGGUUCAUCACAACAGGCCCUAUAUGGUGUAUCUAAAACUACCCGCUAACAAUCCGAAAUACAAAGACUACCGUCGCUGGCUCUGUGGAGGGGUAAUCGUACAUGAAGAGUACAUUCUGACGUCAGCAGCCUGCAUUGAAGACGCUAAGCAUUUCUAUGUUGUUUCUGGAACUUAUAGACACAAUGAAAGAGACGAUCGCUAUAGCAAUGCGUGUAUCAAAAAUGGAGCAAAGAAAGCAAUAUGGAAAUGUAUUCCAAGAAAUUACGUUUUUGACGGUCACGAAAACGACAACAUCAGAUGGAUGAACAACGAUAUCGCCGUCGUUAAAGUAGAAGAUGAAUUCGACUUCACCCGACGCGUCAGAGGCUGCGAUUUCAUCCCGCGACCAAUAUGCUAUAACAACGAAAGUUCUAAACUGGAGAACCCUGGCACUGUUGCUUCAAUUGCUGGAUGGGGAAGCACUGAGAAGUAUAAUGAUUGGUCAAGUCCUCAACAAGACCUUCUAGAUACGACAGUCCGUAUAAUAUCAAAGAACCGCUGCAAACGUCGAUGGGGUCGCCGAUAUCACAACAUCAUCGAUAACUACAUGAUCUGUUCAAAGGAUCUUGUCCCAGACUUGAGCGAGAUUUGUGCGGAGAAAUAUGUGGAUUGCACCGAUAUAAUGUACUCAGAGGAAUCUGGCGAAGAUGCACGACGAGUUUUAGCCCCUACAAACUUAGUCCUACAUUCUGCUCAUAACGACUCCUCUAGACGGCAGGCCGGGCCUGGCAGUGGAGGUUUCUGUGAGAAUGACCACGGAGGGCCUUUAGUAUACGGCGAUGGCGUAAACUCUGUAGUUAUUGGUAUCAUCUCCGCUUGCCUCGUCAAAGAGCGGACUAACAAGUGCUACGGACCUUUCCUAUACACUAGCGUCUAUAAAAACCGGGUGCUCAUCAACUGUGCCAUUUAUAAGGACGUUGCGCAAGACUGCAACAAAUUGUUCCGAUCGAGUAUAACACAUACAGAAGUUGAGAUGAGUUGGGUGGAUCACCCUGAUGGGCCAUCGAAGAAUGAGAUAGCUAAAAUGAGGCGCAAACAAUCUGAAGGAAAUUCAACGAAUGAAGGUCAUUUGCAGAAGGUAGCUUUGGAUAAAGCAGAACAGCAUGAAGGGGUUAUAGUCAGAGCGUUUACAGGACAACCUGAGGAGACAAGUACUAAAGCGAAUACUACGAAUGUAUAAUAAACUCUAA